CAUGCUGCACCCUGAAGGCACCCAGCUCCGCCUUGGUAUCCAGGGCGCUGACCCAGCUCACCACAGGGGCACCUACCAGUGUGUGGCUCACAACACCUUGGGCAGCAGCAGUCAGAGUGUCCUGCUGGAGGUCCUGAGGUAUCCAGCUCCCCCCAAUGUCACCAUCAGCCGCCUGACCUACGGCAGACACCGGAGAGAGGUGCAGCUGCAAUGGGCUAUCAGAGGCCCCGGGAACUUGACGGGCUUCCUGGUGCAGCGGAGGGCCAGUGUCCCAGGCCCAGGAGCUGGGGCUUGGGAGACAGCAGCUGGUGACAUCGAGCCAGAGAGCAGGACCCGGCGUCUGGGGGGCUUGGACCCGGGGGUCCGCUAUGCCUUCCGAGUCCUAGCUCUGAAUCAUCACACAACUGGAUAUCCCUCUGAGGUGAAGAUACCAGGUGCUGGGGCUAGCGCCUUGCGAUGCUCACCUUUUUCUCCACAAAACGGAGCCCUUGUUCAUCUUCCUCGUCUCAGGGCAUCCCCUCCUCCGUUCCUUUGCUGCUUCUUACUGGAUUCCUCCAUCCCCAUCUCAGUCCUCUUCUCCACCUUCUCCUCAGGGACCCUCCACUGCUUUUUCCCAUUCCCCCCUCGGAGGCCUCAGGUCUAG